CAAAAGGGGCGUGUCUCUGUCGAUGCGAGAUGUAAACACUGCAAAUCUCCAAGACAAUUUUCAAUUUUUACGUAACGUACCCUUUCUGAAGUUUUGGUCGCGGCGGAGGGAUUUUAUGUCCGUCCGUGCGAUUCGGAGGCUCGAGUUGAAGUGAUUUUGGCCAAAGCGACACCGAGCAUGGGAAUUUGCACGUCGUGCUGUCGUCCGAGCGACUCGACGCAAAACCUUGUCACGCCGGACCCCGAGGUGAGGCGGCAGCAGGUGCUGGAGGCGGCCGAGCGGAGGCGGCUCGAGCAGGAGAGCAGGGGCGUCAAGGACGUGGACAAGGUGAAGAGGGCGCAGCAGCGCAAGGAGGAGACGGAGAGGCGGCAGGAGGAGGCGGAACGGGCCAGCGGCCACGGCGGCGGCCUCAAGUGGCAGGUCGACUGAGCCCCAAAACCUGACAAGGAAAUAAAUGUGGUGCUUCGCGUGUCCUUCGCAUUCGACCUUUGAAAGAAAAUCUUCUCAAAGCAUUUGCAAUCAAAUAUCUUCAGAUAAUCUAUUUAUCGAGUGGAAUUUGCAUCAUGUAAUUUAAAUUCAAAUGUGUGUCUCAAGUCUUCUUUUUGCUGGCAGUUUUUAAAAUGUUUUGUAAUUGAAUAAUUCACAUCUUUUUUAAUUUCGGAAAAAGAGCGAUUAUUUUUGCUAAAAUCUACUGAAGCCAAAUUAUAUUUUCUACCCGUUUUGAUCACUUUGCUUUGCGUUACUUCUAAGAACUCCUUAUUUACAUAGUUAAAUCAAGUCCCCACAACAAUAGAAACAGAUUUUGGCGAUUUUUGGAAGACAUUUAGAAAUUUGAAUCACCAUUGUUGUAAAUAUUUGAUUUGACUAUGUCAACAAGGAGUCCUUAAUUGCAUGAACUGAUGUGGAAAUUCUAUGUAUACUGUUUGUGUUUGUUACUGUAACAUUCAAGACUUAGCUUGUUUCCUCUCUAUAAAAAUGAAAAAAAAACCGGA